UUACUUGAAAAUGACAAAAUUAAGAGUCAACUUUUCAGUUAUCAUCAUGGGCUGGACUCGCCAUCUUUCACCAUCAUGAACAUAAUAACUGUCAUCAGUCGAGGUUUCUCUCUCUUUCCCAUCUUUCUCGCUCUCAUCAUUGAUUAUAAUAAUUUAGUAUUUAAACGCGUGUGAUUGACAUUACAUUUGCAACUCCCUUGGUUACAAUUCAUUUAAAUUAACAUGAAAAACUUUGAUAAGUAAAAGCAAAAAUUCAAAUUAAUUGUUAACCAGAGGAGAUAGAUAGACAAAUAAGUAAACUGUCCAACGCCCAAUUGAAAUUUUUACUCUCAUUCAACCUUUCCUUCAUCACAAUCAACAUCAUUAGGAUCACCAUCAACACAUCUCAACAUCAUUUAAUAUACAAAUGAUAAUACUUUGUAUUACCUUUUGUUUUUCUUGUUGUUUUCAAACAAAACACCAUCUAAAGCAUGAUAAAAAAAUGAGUCAACUGGUAACCCACACAGUCUACAAUAUGACUGAAUAAUUAACAAUGUUGCAAUUGUUUGAAUUGUAAAUCAAUUAGAUUCCAAGUACAACAAUUAACAAGAUGUCAUCUUUUUUUUGAGCUGCUGAUUUGUUCACUUCCCAUUGUUUAUAUCUCUGUACAUGGUGUGUAAAAGGCAAGCAAUGACAGAAAACAAAAGGUAACCAACAAAAGACCAGAUUACCUGUUAUUAUUUGUCAACAAUUCAAACAUUAUAUGGUUCUUUCAAUGGGAAUUAAUUCAAUUUUCAAAAAUACAUGUACUUCACGCUCAAAGAGUUGUCUUGUUGAACAUGAAAGUGAAUCGUGGCCUUAGACAUAUAAUUUACUAAUUUGAUUAAGAAAUAAGAAACUAAAUCUGAAAAAUUCAAUAGAAAGCAAGUUGUCAACUGAACUGUUUACUUGUUUUAAGUAACGUAUUUUGUAUCAAACACUGAUGAGAGAUUUUGCUAAGGUUGAGUCAGAAAAGUCUGAAAUUAAAACCAUGAGAAAAUAUGGAAAAUGGAAAGAGCUUUUGGUGGACAAAUCAUACUGAAAAGGUUAAGUGGUUACCUAAUGUUUGUCUCAAAUUGUAGUCUAAAUGUCUCAUGUCUAGUCAUGGUGGAGAUGGAAGUGAAGAUAAGCCGCCAUUAAACCGUUACAGCUCAACACUUUAACCUCUUUGUUCAACUUUUGUUUAAAAUAAACAUUCAGUUUGAAACAAUAAGUCAUAACCUUUGAAUCCUGUGAAACUUGACAAAUCUAUCGGAUUUUCACGUUAAACCAACAAGCAAUUUCACUUUAUCUUGAAGGAUUAACCUUUUAGGAUUGACAUAUUUGUACCAAAUCUUUUGUUUUUCUUGUAUUGUUUCUCCCACAAAGCGAUAGUCUCAAGAUGGCUGUGAGCGCCAAUGUUAACAGUCACCGUUAAACUGCAAUAACCAUGUGGCUAACCAGUCUUAACAAUUUCUCAAUUCAAUUUCGUCUGUUUCUAACCAUUUGGAUAAAAGUAUUGUAACCUUGAACAUGUCAACACUUUUUUUAGAGGAUCAAAAAAGUAAAAAUGCUCAGGAUGAGUUGCUGCUGAAUCAACCACCACCAACAUCAACAUGGCUUGGUUCCGCUUUCCUCUUUUACUUCAUCGUUUCCAUCAUUUUCACCUUUAUCACCAACACAAUAAUCUUCAUAAUGAACGUAUUUAUUUUUAUCUAGUGAGUUUAAUUUUUUUAUUUUCUAGUGUUUUGGUGAACCCAAUGGUUAUUGAUGUUUUCAGUGAUAAUGGUAAACCAAUUAGACCAGUUUCUUGUUUUGAUGCCAAAGGUAACAAAGGAACUUGCAUGUUCUCAUUAGCAUGUCGACAAUCAAAAGGUAAGCCUAUUGGCAUCUGUAAGGAUACAAUUUACGCUAAAAGCUGCUGUCAACUUCCUGGUGAUCAACCCAAGCCAUCAAAUGGAUUUACUAGUAAUAUUUAUUCCACCACUGUGCCUAAAUUGCCAUCAUCAACAUUGACAACGACAACUAAAACUACACAAGUAUUAACUACUUUAACAACUUCAUCUUCAUCUCUACCUUCACCUUCACCUCCGCCUUUACCUUCACCUUCGUCUUUACCUUCACCCUCGCCUUUACCUUCAUCACCACCGACAACAAAUGCAACACAAACCUCAACAACUCAAGCACCAAUUACGAAAACUACUCCUACUACACCUACUACUUCUACUUCUACUACUCCUUCUACAACAACCGCUGCUCCUACUACUGGUCUCACUAAUGGUACAAAUUUAACCACAACAGGAAGGCCAACUGUGACAACACCGGUGGUCGAAAAAGAGUCAUCAAGCACCUCAACCAUGUCACCGACUGUAACCUUGUCCUCGUCACCAUUAAUCCUUCAAGAGUCUAGCUCAACAAUCGGUCAAACUAUUGCAGAUCAUCCAUCAAGCAUUACACCUUUACCGGCAACACUACCAACCACAAUGAUAUCAACCUCAGCUAAAACAGAGGCUACAUUAUCAAGUUUACCAUGGAUCUCAUCAUCAACUACAACGCAUGUUACGUCAUCCUCAUCAACAACUGAACCAACAACAAUACUCAAUACUGAAACAACACUUUCAACAGAUACAAUAUCAACAAUAAUAUCUUCAUCAACAUCAUCAUCUUUCUUAACUGAUACCGUUACAGAAACAGUAACAACAGAAAUACCUUCUUCUCCUUUCUCUACUGCUUCCACUGAUUUAACUUCAACUACAGCUUCAUCUUCACCAUCAACCAAACUAUCAACGUUGUUUACUGAAAUCAGUUCAGUUUCGCCUUUGGCCAUUUCUUCUUCCCAAUCAAUUACAUCAACACCAAUUACACCAGCAACAUUACCCGAUUCGGUAGGAAAUCUUUUGAAUAAAAUACUCAACGUACAAAGGCCUUAUAACAAUAAAUUAGAUUGUGGUGUUAGCCCUUUAAAGUCAAUGGCACGGGUUGUUGGAGGUCGAAAUGCACAUUUUGGUGAAUGGCCUUGGCAAGUUUUAAUUAAAGAGGCAACUUGGCUUGGUUUAUGGAUGAAAACCAAAUGUGGUGGAGUCCUCAUUGAUCAUCGUUGGGUUUUAACAGCAGCUCAUUGUCAACCAGGAUUCUGGGGUUCAUUAUUAGUAGUUGUUGGUGAAUACGAUUUAACUGGUGAUGUUGAAAAUUUGAAGCCCAUUCAGAAACCAGUUAAACGGAUGAUUGUUCAUCGUAAUUAUAAUCCAACAACAUUUGAGAAUGACAUUGCUCUGAUGGAAUUGGAAUCACCAUUUGAUGUUCAACCUCAUGUUGUUCCUAUCUGUCUUCCUGAACCAGGAGAAGAGUUUGUUGGCCAAGUAGCUCAUGUUGCUGGUUGGGGUAAAUUAAGCUAUGGUGGACCAAUACCUUCAAUACUUCAAGUGGUUAAACUACCGAUCCUUGCAAAUGAUAAGUGCCAAGAAAUGUUCAAUAAUGCUGGUCAUGAUAAAGAGAUUAAAUCAACCUUUCUUUGUGCUGGUUACACUGAUGGUGGUAAAGAUUCGUGUGAAGGUGAUUCUGGUGGACCUUUGAUGGUUCAAAAAAGUAACGGUCAUUGGGUUCUGGUUGGUACCGUUUCACAUGGAAUUAAAUGCGCUGAGCCCAACUUGCCCGGUGUUUACAUGAAAACCGCCGCCUACAGAUUAUGGAUUGACAAUAUAAUCAACAAAACUGUUAACCAAAACAAUACCAAUCAAACUAGUAGCAAUAAUAAUAAUAAUAUCAGUAAAACUCAAUUGAAAACAUGAUAAUUGCUAAGCUAUUAUUAUUACUAUCUAUUAGAAGCAUGAAUGGUAUUAGUUUAAAAUUGAUUAAUUUAAUUGUAAAUUGUCUUGUUGUAAGUACUUUUUGUUUACCAAAAAAAGCAAUUCAAAAAAAUAUACUUUUUCCAUUGAA